AAAACGCCACCGAUUCCACUACCUCCCAAACUCGCGAGUCGAGGUUGCAACCCCCCGGCACAGGAGGUGGACGCGCCCACCACCGCCCACCAUGGCCAUGGCGACAGCCCUCCGCAAGCUCUCCGCCAACGCGCUCCGCCGCCAGCCGCUCUCCCGCAUCACGCCGCUCUACUACAUGGCGUCCCUGCCGGCGACGGAGGAGAGAUCCGGAGUCACCUGGACAAAGCAGCUGAACGCGCCGCUCGAAGAGGUCGACCCCGAGGUUGCUGACAUCAUCGAGCUCGAGAAGGCCCGCCAAUGGAAGGGGCUGGAGCUCAUCCCGUCGGAGAAUUUCACGUCGGUGUCAGUGAUGCAGGCGGUGGGUUCUGUCAUGACCAACAAGUACAGCGAGGGGUACCCCGGCGCAAGAUACUACGGUGGGAAUGAAUACAUUGAUAUGGCCGAAUCCUUGUGUCAGAAACGUGCUUUGGAGGCUUUCCGCUUGGACCCAGCGAAGUGGGGAGUGAAUGUGCAACCUCUAUCGGGUUCACCUGCCAACUUCCAUGUAUACACCGCCCUAUUGAAGCCACAUGAAAGGAUCAUGGCUUUGGAUCUUCCUCACGGUGGACAUCUUUCUCAUGGUUACCAGACUGAUACUAAGAAGAUUUCGGCAACUUCGAUAUUCUUUGAGACAAUGCCCUACAGACUGGAUGAAAGCACUGGCUUCAUUGAUUAUGAUCAGUUGGAGAAAAGCGCUGUUCUUUUCAGGCCAAAGUUGAUCAUAGCUGGUGCAAGUGCAUAUGCUCGCCUAUAUGAUUAUGACCGUAUGAGGAAGAUAUGCAACAAGCAGAAAGCAAUACUUCUAGCAGACAUGGCACAUAUCAGUGGGCUUGUUGCAGCUGGCGUCAUUCCAUCUCCUUUUGAUUAUGCAGAUGUAGUGACUACCACUACUCACAAGUCACUCCGUGGGCCACGUGGAGCCAUGAUCUUUUACAGGAAGGGAGUGAAAGAAAUAAAUAAGCAGGGAAAAGAGGUUAUGUAUGAUUUUGAGGACAAGAUCAACGCUGCCGUCUUUCCAGGUCUGCAAGGCGGGCCUCAUAACCAUACCAUUACUGGCUUGGCUGUUGCGCUUAAGCAGGCAACUACCCCAGAGUACCGAGCUUAUCAAGAGCAGGUUAUCAGUAACUCUGCUAAAUUUGCACAGAGCUUGGUAGCAAAAGGAUACGAGCUUGUCUCUGGUGGGACUGAUAACCAUUUGGUCCUCGUUAAUCUCAAGAAUAAGGGGAUAGAUGGCUCAAGGGUGGAGAAGGUUUUAGAAUGUGUGCAUAUUGCAGCAAACAAGAACACUGUUCCUGGCGAUGUUUCAGCUAUGGUACCAGGAGGCAUCAGGAUGGGAACCCCAGCUCUUACAUCCAGAGGAUUUGUGGAGGAAGAUUUUGCUAAGGUUGCUGACUUCUUUGAUGCAGCAGUGAACUUGGCUGUGAAGAUUAAGGCUGCAACGACAGGUGGAACAAAGCUGAAGGACUUUGUUACCACUUUGCAAUCUGAUAGCAUCCAAGCUGAGAUUGCAAAGCUUCGCCAUGAUGUGGAGGAAUAUGCAAAACAGUUCCCAACAAUUGGAUUUGAGAAAGAGACCAUGAAAUACAAGAACUAAGAUCUGAAUGGUAAGAAGAUGAGAAGAAUAAUGAAUGCAAUCACUCAACAAAUUAUCUUUUUUUUCCUAGCAGCAAGAAAAGAUGUCGAGGCAAUUAUUGGGGGUGUUUAAGUGGGCAUGAUCAUGUAAACAUAAACCCAAGCCCCAUCCCCAAGGUGGAAGUAGAAUGGCAUCUUAUCUUAAGAGAGAGAUUGGCAAUUUACAGCAUGUGGAACUUGUGUCGAUAGCCCAUACUGUAGACACCUACUACUGCAAGACCCUAUACUGAUGCUCUCUGAAUAAUAUGUGUGCUUGCGGUGUUGUCAUUUGCCUUGUAUCAUUGUAAGUAAGCCUUAGCCAGAGAAGUAUUUUACAUUACAUCCAAAAGGCCACGGGAUACUUGAGCAUAGACUCAGUAGCUUCUUCUGGCACCCUGUAGUUCUGAAUUCGGCGGCUGUAGCCCGUCGUCAGGUCUCCAUUCUUGUCAUA